AUGUCCGACAACGGGGACGUCGAGGUCGCCUAUUCCACCGUCCUGCCCAAGGAGGUUCUGGCCGAGCAGGGCAGCAUCAAGCUGUUCAACAAGUGGAGCUACGAUGAUGUCGAGAUUCGGGAUAUCUCCUUGACCGAUUACAUCCAGAUCCGCUCCCCCGUCUACCUCUCCCACUCUGCCGGUCGCUAUGCCGCCAAGCGUUUCCGCAAGGCUCAGUGCCCCAUCAUCGAGCGUCUCACCAACUCGCUCAUGAUGAACGGCCGCAACAACGGAAAGAAGCUCCUCGCUGUGCGCAUUGUCGCUCACGCUUUCGAGAUCAUCCACAUCAUGACCGACCAGAACCCUCUGCAGGUUGCCGUUGACGCCAUUGUCAACUGCGGUCCCCGUGAGGACUCCACCCGUAUUGGUUCCCAGGGUACCGUCCGUCGCCAGGCCGUCGAUGUGUCUCCUCUCCGCCGCGUGAACCAGUCCAUCUCUCUGCUCACCAUCGGUGCCCGCGAGGCCUCUUUCCGCAACAUCAAGAGCAUCGCUGAGUGCCUCGCUGAGGAGCUGAUCAACGCUGCCAAGGGUUCUUCCAACUCCUACGCCAUCAAGAAGAAGGACGAGCUCGAGCGUGUUGCCAAGUCCAACCGGUAA